CGCCAGCUGGGUUGCACGUGGUGCUGAAUCAGCUCCCUAAGGAGCUCGGAGCCGGUGCCCAGAGCCAGGAGUGGGAUCGUGGGAGGCUUUUUGUCCCCGUUCCGCAGGUGCAGUAAAGUAGCCUGAACUCUGUGCCUGGGGACCCCUGGACAAGGCCACCUGUGACCGUAGCAGGAAUAUGGGUCUGCCUGCUUUGUGACCCCUUGGAGGCUGGGGCCAGAUGGAGUCGAUGUGGGCUGGUGUUCCCUUUGCCUGAGGUCUUGGCCUGGUGAUGAGGCACUAGAGAGACGCAGAGAGCGGUCAGCGCGCGGCCGGACGGGGAAAUGGCCCAGCACAAUGUGGGGAUCAACAGGGAGUACGGAGACUGGGACUGGAGCGCGGACGCCGGGGAGCGGGCAAGGCUACUGCAGAGCCCCAAUGUGGAGACCGGGCUGAAGAGCGACGAGGGGCAGAGACCCGGAGCAGGGACCACCUCCACCCUCGGGGCCGUCUUCAUUGUGGUGAACGCUGCCCUCGGGGCUGGGCUGCUCAACUUCCCUGCAGCCUUCAGCACUGCGGGCGGCGUGGCUGCAGGGAUCGCGCUGCAGAUGUCUCUGCUGGUGUUCAUUAUUGGAGGGCUGGUGAUCCUGGCUUACUGCUCGCGGGCCAGCAACGAGCGCACGUACCAGGAAGUGGUGUGGGCUGUGUGCGGCAAGGUCCCUGGCGUGCUCUGUGAGGUCGCCAUCGCCGUCUACACCUUUGGCACCUGCAUCGCCUUCCUCAUCAUCAUUGGGGACCAGCAGGACAAGAUCAUUGCUGCGCUGGUGAAGGAUCCCCAGGGGGCAGGUGGCAGCCACUGGUACGCGGACCGCAAGUUCACCAUCAGCAUCACGGCCUUCCUCCUAAUCCUGCCCCUCUCCAUCCCAAAGGAGAUUGGCUUCCAGAAAUACGCCAGUUCCCUGAGCGUGAUUGGCACCUGGUAUGUCACCGCUGUCGUCAUCAUCAAAUACAUCUGGCCUGACAAGGAGAUUACCCCAGGGCACAUCCCCACACGCCCCUCCUCCUGGAUGGCCGUGUUCAAUGCCAUGCCCACCAUCUGCUUCGGAUUCCAGUGCCACGUGAGCAGCGUGCCCGUCUUCAACAGUAUGAAGCGGCCCGAGGUGAAGCCGUGGGGAGCGGUGGUGACAGCAGCCAUGGUUAUCGCUCUCUUUGUCUACGCAGGGACAGGGAUCUGCGGGUUCCUGACAUUUGGCGCGAGCGUGGAACAGGAUGUGCUGCUGUCCUACCCCUCCGACGAUGUCCCCGUUGCCAUUGCACGGGCCUUCAUCAUCCUCUGUGUGCUGACGUCCUACCCCAUCCUGCACUUCUGCGGCAGGGCCGUGCUAGAGGGGCUCUGGCUACGCUACAAGGGGGAAACGGUGGAGGAAGAUGUGGUCCGCGAGAGGCGCCGACGUGUGUUCCAGACGGUCUGCUGGUUUCUCCUGACUCUCCUCCUGGCCUUGUUCAUCCCAGAUAUCGGCAAAGUCAUCUCUCUCAUCGGGGGCCUGGCUGCCUGCUUCAUCUUCGUCUUCCCGGGACUAUGCCUGAUUCAAGCCAAACUUUCUGAAAUCCAGGAAACCAGGUCAACCAGCUGGUGGGUGCUGGUCAGCUAUGGGACGUUUAUGGUCACGCUUGGAGCCUUCAUCUUUGGACAAACCACUGCCAAUGCCAUCUUUGUGGAUCUGAUGGCCUGACUCGUUCCACAGGACUGGUUGAUGCUGCCCUCCUUAGAAGUAGCUUUUCCUUUGGGACAGCCAGGACUGAAGUUAAAAAUUGCUUUGGCUUUUGAUGUUUCCAGAAAGUUGGUUGGAGGGGAACACAUUCCUCCCCUGCUGGGGAUUUUGCUAGUCUGUUUCAGUGGGAGAGUCCUACAGGGUUGUAUGUUCAUCGUCUAAUGCACCAAGUCAGGGUUUUCUUUUAGCUUCUGGUUCCCAGGCCUUGGGAAUUGCAGAGGCUCACUACAGAGAAUUCAGACUCUGACCCAGUGGGGGUGCACAGUGCGAUGCCCUCCUGGAACGAGGUCAGGAUGGAGGCCUUUGUGCAGAAUGCCCGUGGAGCUCCACGCUGAAUUCUUGUUACCCUUUUUGGGGGACAAAUCUCUCAAGUGUGUCUGGGAUUCACAGUGUGUAAUAGGCAGUAGCCCCCCCACAGGGUAGGAGACCAUACUACAUUGGACUGCAUCUCAUCUCUGGCAAAUCCUCUCUCCCAAACAAAA